CCGCGGAGGCCGGGGCCGCGGCGCGCCCGCGGCGCCCUUGGCAGGUCCCCGCCCCCUUCCGGAAGGAGCCGCGGGGACGCGGCCUCCUGCACCUUGACCUGUCUAGACGGCCCCCGAGUAGGGUUUUUUCUUUUUUUGUCCCUGUUACCAAGGGCGCGGGGUGCUCUUUGACCCCCGCGCGGGGCGGACGUGGUGGUCACAGGGUCCCCUGAAUCCUCGCCGAGGGAGAGGGGCGCGCGGAACCGCACACCGGCUGCUCCAAAGACGACGCGCCCGCGGCCGCGCCCCGCGAGCGGGGACACGCCGUCCGCCCGGCUUCUCCCCGCCACGCGGCCCCCGGCCCUGCCCAGGACCCCGGCGGCAGCCGAGGGGCCAGGCGGCUGCGGAGCGCGAGCCCGGGCCUGGGCCCAGCUCGAGGGGUGCGCGGCCGUAGAGACCCCCCGCGCUCCGGCUCCUGUCUGUCGGUUUCUCGCAAAUUCCCUUAGCCCAGUCGGAGGCAUUCCUCACAGACCUCCUGGACAAAGUGUGCGAGCGGAUGAAUGACUACAGACUCGAAGAAGACCCCGUGACGAAGGAGAAGACUUUCAAGAGAUUUGCUCCGAGGAAAGGAGACAAAAUAUACGAAGAAUUUAAAAAAUUCUAUUUUUAUUCAGAUGCUUACAGACCGUUGAAAUUCGCGUGUGAGACUAUAAUAGAAGAGUUCGAAGAUGAAAUACUUUCACUUAUCACCCAGGAGGCACACCAGCUUGCUGACACGCUGUGCGGUGAAAAGUCAGGUCUGUGUGAAACUCCCACUAACCAUACUGAACUCUAGGAACACCGGCGCUGAUAGCAGAGAGGACUCACGUCACAGCGCCUAAGGUCAAUGUCCGUGUUUCUGUCUUCAUGUUUCUUCACGAGAAGAAGCGCUGUGUCUCUUUUUCAUACUGCAGGGCCUCGUGUUUGAUACUUUAUUGAAUAUCUCUUCUUUGGCAUCUUGCAAGCCCCACUUCCUUCUCCAGGCAUAGUUGAGGAGUACAUGAAACAGUUACCUUUGUGGAUUUUGGUAUUUACAAACAGGCUUGGCAGGAAAGCAUCUAGUUUAGUAAUAGGACAAAUGUGAAGACAUUUCAUAGAUGAAAUAAGGAUUUAGUAACAUGUGCUGCAUAGUCCAUGCACAUAUAGAAGUAUAGUGUCCUGUUUGAUAAGGACUUGGUUUGAUUUCAUAAGUACUUGAUUAGUCAUGAAAUUAAGAAAAUGCAUCGCCAAAUUCCAGGCUAAUUUUCCUGGGCUAUAUGGCUAUCACCGAAAGACACGAAUUCACUUUAUGUCAGGAAUGAAAUUUAAAUUUCUAGAAACCUUAAGUUUAAAUACUUUCUAAUUCCUAAAAUUUAACCAAAUGCAUAAAAAGCAGUGAACACUUUUAUAGUUAACAAUUAUAUUGGCCUUUCUAACGCAAGCAUUCUGAAUUGAAAUGAUUUAGAAAGUUGAUUUAUUAUUCAUGUAUUUAUUAUCGUGUAUUCUUAAAGGCUGACACCAAUAGACACGUUUAUUUUGCUGCAGACUCUCCUGUCAUGCUUUGUUUUUUAAAGAUUUUCACC